AUGCCGGCGCCGGACGCGGCGGCGAGGCACACGGGCGCCGGCGUGGCGCGUCGGCAGGCCCACCACGAGCGGAUGCGCGACGAGCGCGCUCGGGAAGUGGCCGCGGGCGACGCGGAGCUUCCGCCGGAGGACGACGCGGUCGAGAUGGCGAGCGCCGCCCACGUGCUGGACAGCGUGGCGGAGGUGGGCCCGAACUACACCCUGCUGCGCAGCAAGGAGACGAAGGCGAAGCGGCGGAAGCGACAGCGCGAGGAUGCCAGGGUGGCGCUCGACGGCCACACUGUCCUGCCCACCGGAUCGCGCCUCGAGAUCUUCUGCGACAGCGAGCGGUGGUACCCCGCGACCGUCAUGGCGCGGGAGGAGGACGAGGACGGACGGAUCGUGCACGAAGUCGAGUACGACGGCUACCUGGAUCGGCGGUGGUGGCACAUGCUGGACGACGAGCGACGCCGGGGGGACGCUGACGCGGCCGAGGAGGAAGGGGCGGGCGAGGCUGGCGCCGCGGGCAGCUCGAGCGGCGCCGUCGACGAGAUGGAGUGCGAGCCGCCGUCGUCCCCGCCUGCGCGCGAGCAGCCAGUGCUGCGCGGUACCGCGCGCCAGCGGUACGGCUCAGGCGCCGUCCUCUCGGACGACCCGCGGGAAUGGCUGAACGACGAGCAGCUCGGGCGUCUGGCCAUCUGCGCGGGCGACCAGCGCUGCGCAGAGCGGCCUGUUACGACUGCGUACCCGCUCGACGGGCAGUCGUUUCAGACGGGCGAGGUGUUCGCGACCACGCGCUCCAAGGAGGCUCUCAGCAGCACCGACCGCUCGCGCCUCUUCCACUUUUGCCUCGGCAUGCACUGGCGCGACCUGCGCGCUUCGGACCGAGCGUCGGGGCAGCUGCGCGAGGCAGCCGAUGCAGCAUGCGGCACCCGGGGCUGGUCCGUAGUGAUCCUCCGCCUCAAGCUGCAAGACGACGCCUUCCAGUGCGGCGUGUGGGCGAGCUGGUUCCGGCAGAGGUUCCACGCGUGGGUCGCGCGGGGUGACUUCCAGGAGCCAUUGAAUGACUUCUUGCUGCGCGGGACGCCGCUGCGCGACCUGUCGGGGUUGAGAGGCAGCGAGCUGCGAGACGUCUCGCGGGCGAAUGGCGUCUUCAUCGCCGAGGAGCGCCUGCGACUCCGCGGGCUGCUGCAGGCCUACGCCGAGACAGGCACAAACCCCUUCGGGGACGCUGGCGCCUUCCUCCACGACUUUGCUGACGACGGUGAGGCGUCCAGGAGUGGGGACGGGGAGGCGCGCGAGGCGGCGAUCCUGCAGCUCCUCCUAGACGCGGGGAGUGCGGAGAACCCAAUCGGGGGACCGGAGGGACUCUAG